CCACUCGACGGCCAGCCUGCUAAGAUUUUCACUUGCGUCGGUUUAACGAGCCCUCGCCAUCAAAUCGACCAGCUGAAGGGAAAUCACAAUCAGGCGGGAAUCAUAAUCAACAAUCAACGACAUCACCCACCAUCAUCAACAACAAAAACUCACAUCACACAAUUACUGCCAACAAAUAUGUCAUCGCAAAUUUCUCUCCACCCUCGUCCUCUCCAACCAUCGCCUUCCUCAAGCUCAUCAACACCCGCAACCAACCCACUCCCAACCCUUAUCCAAACCCCCACGGGCCUCGCCCUCCUCGAACUCCAAGGAACUCUCAACAUCCGCGACUUUGACCCAUCCUCUACAGAACAAAUCACUCCAAUCCCUGUAGGGAGGAUCGAUUUCCCCGAUUACCAGCCCAACUCCCUCACCUUUGAUCCCAACGACAAGAAGUGGAUGAAGAGGGUGUAUAUGUACAUUGGCGAGCAUCAGCGGUUGCAUGGGGAGGUGAAGGGGCUGGGGAAGGCGGUG